CUGGUCUGCCUGUAGCGCGUCUACAGAUCCUGCAUUUUCCUUCGCGAGUUCGCUUGGACAGCCUAUCAGCCCUGUAGACGAAGAGGAGGAUCAGGUGUUGCAGGAGAUCCUCCAGGACCCAGAUGACGAUACAGAGGACGAGUCAUUCCAUGCGUCUACAAGCACCGCAGUACACAAGAAUGGCAACAAUCGGGAGAAAAAACCAUCGAAGGAGCUCCGAGAGGGUGGAAGGGACCCGGAUGGAGUGAGGCGGGACUAUGGGAAGUUGAGACUUGGACAGAAGCUGGCGGAUUACGACGUUAUUCGAAUGACCGCCAGUGAUUUACAUGCGCUUAUUCACGACGGUUUCAUCGACCUCGAGCCCGAGUACCAACGAGAUGUCGUCUGGCCCGAAAAGAAGCAAAUCAUGUUAAUCGAUUCAAUGCUAAACAACUUCUAUAUACCCGCAGUGAUCUUCUCCAUUCGGAAAGAAUGGAGCAAAGAAAAGGGAAUGGAACUGGAGAGACGGGUGUGUAUGGAUGGCAAGCAGCGCCUAACGAGCAUGGUUCGUUUUAUGGACGGUUUAAUACCUUAUAUUCACGGAAACGGCAUUAAAUAUUGGUAUAACCUUCCUAACGGCGAGACCAAGCGCAACCAGCAGCUUCCUGAUCGACUGAAGCGCGAAUUCGAUGGGAAGCCUAUUUCGUGCAUUCAAUACCAGGAUAUCAGCGAGGAUGACGAACGGGAGAUCUUUGCACGUGUGCAACUUGGUGUUGCCCUCUCUCCUGCAGAGAAACUGCAGGGCAUGUCUUCCCCCUUUGCCGCAUUUGUGCGUCAGUUACAGAAGCAGUAUAUCGAUGCCGACGGCACGUUGGGCGAUGCGAUCAAGUGGCAGAAAAAACGUGGGGUAGAUUUCGCCUGUGUCGCUCAGAUUGUAUUUGCUCUAUAUCAUCUCCCCAACUUCACUUGGCCUGGUUUGUCAAAGCUCGAAAAAUUCUUGAAGAAGAAAGAGGUGCCAACAAAGACCUUUAAACUCGAGGUGCUACAGAUAUUUUCAAACUACGUCGCGCUCGCAACAGACCCACGAUAUUACUACGGUUUUCAAGGGAUUGGGGAUCGCGUCUCGCCCGUCGAGAUGGUAAUGAUUGGGCUCCUGCUUGGGUAUAUGAAAGACUACAAAUCAGAGGACAAAGCGUAUCACAUCAAGCAGCUGCGCCUUGAGACGCGCAAGCAGUUCAAGGAUAUCCGCAUGAACGACCGCGUUACCAAGUUCAUGUGGAGCUACAUUCAGAGCAUCAAGGUCCCGACGAAGUACGUCCCUAGCAGGGAAGAGACCAGCUCGGUUAGCAGAAAGCGGAAGGCCGCCAGGGCGGACGAAAAUGAGUUCAGGCCACACAAAAGUCGGCGUUGAUUGCAAGUUGUGUCUGACCUUGGAUUUGCCAGUGAUACGUACGGGGUGAUAUUGGAUUCACCCCAACAUUGUACAUUGAUUGAACACGCUUGCAUGUAUCAUCACUAUGUCAGUGUAUCAUGUAUAAUUCGCCCGGGCACUCCACCAAAUACAUCCGUCUU